UACAGUACCAGUCUUAAAAACAAUUAAGUUUCUGUAUUGUAAUAUUUUUUAAUUAAUUUAUUAUUCAGGAUAAACUUGUUUAAAAUAGUUUGGAGAAGUAGUACUUACAUAGUACCAGCAACAACUUGAUCAAUAGUUGAGCCAAACAUUUGAAACUGAUGAAAAAUGAAGCUCGCAUUGUUCCUCGUGUUUCUAUUUGUGGUACCAAAUCUGGACUGCAUCAAAUUCAACGAACAAAUCCUCAUAACUGCACGUGCGUUUUUCAAUGAAGUCAACCGAAUCCCCGUAUUCUUGCUGGGCAUGCUAAACCUGAACUCAUUCCUGAACACACCGGAGCUGCGUAUCAAAAACAAUCCAGAUCCCGAGUAUGAUUUUAUUGUGGUGGGUUCUGGAUCUGCGGGCUCAGUGAUAGCCAACCGAUUAUCGGAAAUAAAACACUGGAAAGUACUACUUUUGGAAGCUGGCCAGCCGGAAGGCCCUUUGCAAUCCAUUCCAACCAUCGCAGCUGAUUACCAAGACACUGAUUACGACUGGGCAUAUUUGAUGGAGUACGAACCUACUUCCGGCUUGGGAUUUAUUAAUUCUCGAAUGCCGUGGCCUAGGGGCAAAGCAUUGGGCGGUACCAGUACUAUAAAUUACAUGAUUUACACAAGAGGCAAUCGAUACGAUUAUCAAAGGUGGGAGGCCGCAGGAAAUCCAGGUUGGUCGUACGAAGAAGUACUCCCCUACUACAUUAAAUCAGAGAACGCCAAACUGCGAGACGCCGACUACAGAUACCACAAUACUAAAGGCUACUUGAGCGUCGAAAACGCCUACAGAUCAGAGAUGGUGGACGUCUUCAUCGAAGGGGGCAACGAACUAGGUCUGCCGGAAAUCGAUUACAACGCCCCAGGUCCGACUUUGGGGGUUGCCGGAGUGCAAGGCACUGUUAAACGUGGCAAACGUCACAGUGCUGCUCAGGCUUUCUUAUGGCCCAUCAAACACCGGAAGAAUUUAGACAUAUUAACCGAGGCUUUUGUCACAAAAAUCCUGAUUGAUGAACAUGACAAGACGGCUUAUGGGGUACAGUAUGAGGUCAAGGGGAAGAAGUACUCCGUCAGGAGUAAAAGGGAGGUGGUGCUGUCAGCUGGUACGUUCAAUUCCCCACAGUUAUUGAUGUUAAGUGGAGUAGGACCGGCUCAUCAUCUUCAAGAGUUGGGUAUACCAGUACUGAAAGAUUUGCCUGUUGGUCAAAACCUUCAGGAUCACCUGUGCUUCCCCGCCUUGUCAUUUUUUGUUAACAGGGAUAUUACCUUAAAUCCUUACAGGGUUUUCAGCCCCAAAAGUAUUCUGUCGUUCUUUUUAAACGGUACUGGACCAAUGACAAGUUUAGGAGGAGUCGAAGCUAUUGGAUACAUCAAAACUGAAAUCGCCCAGUAUCAAGAGGAGUACCCAGACAUUGAGUUGAUAUUUUCUGGUGGUUCCAUAAAGUCAGACUACGGUUCAAUCCUCCGCAGAGGUUUCAAGAUACGAGAUGAAAUCUACUACGCACAAUUCGGAGGGGUGGAGGAAAUCCCCGACUGGACGAUUUGGCCUAUGCUUCUGCAUCCCAAAUCUUCUGGUUACUUAAAACUGCAAACCACCAACCCCCAUGAUUAUCCGCUACUACAUGGUAACUUCUUCACAGACCCCAACAACGAGGAUAUCAAAACCUUCAUAGCCUCGAUUAGGUUCAUUCAAAGACUGUCCGACACGAAAGCCUUCCAAAAACUUGGUUCUAGGAUGAACCCUCUGCCCACACCCGGUUGUGAGCACCACCCCUUUAAUUCUGAUGAAUACUGGGAAUGUUCAUUGAGGCUGUUGGCUGUCACGUUGCACCACCAAGUGGGUACUUGUAAAAUGGGACCGGAAAAUGAUCCGGGGGCGGUUGUUAACAACCGCUUGCAGGUGCACGGGGUGAACAAUUUAAGGGUUGCCGAUUCUAGUAUCGUGCCUUUCGGCUUGUCAGCACAUACGAAUGCUGUGGCAAUGAUGGUGGGGGAGAAAACGUCAGAUAUAAUCAAGCAGGAUUGGCAGGAAAUUUAUUAAGUCAUG